AGCCUUCCCAAUUGCCUUUAAAGGACUAUGUACCGCCAUCUAAAUAUGGGCAUGCAUUCGCAAUGGAUUUUAAAGAAUUGUACAAGCACCACAAACUUGGGCUGAUGGUCCAUCGCGUCUCGCGCCGCUCCUUUCGCGUUUCUUUCACAUCCAGGAGGAAUUCAUUUAGACUCUUUUCUUGCAUCCUUUCCUAACUAACAGCUCUAGUAAUUAAUGGAUUUUUUCCAAAGUUAACAGAAGUGGGAAAACACGCGGAUAUGUUCAGUUAAUUUAACGGGAGUCUUACUCAAGGACCAGACGUAUAACGCAACUAUGUCCAGGAGGAAGGUGAGGGGGCUCACCAAAACCGGGCGACAGGUGAGCGAGGACCCGGACCUCGACAAUUUACUGUCGAACCUGUCGCCCGAAGAAAUGGAGGAGUUGCAGAAAGAGGUUUCGGUCGUUCCUGACCCGGAUCCGAGUGAAAUAAUAAUUGUGGACCAAACGGAUUUUAAACCAACCGCGUGUGUUAAAAAGGAUUCUCAGUUGGGCAGCCAGGCUGAAGAUUUCAAAAGCCGCUUUCAGAGAAACCUGUCCACCGAGGGAGAGCCCAAGAAGGAGAGCCGGAAACAAGAGUACCUGCGCAAAAUGGGCCUAAGCCAAGAGAAAAAUAUCUCCAGGUCUGACAGCAGAGAUGAAGGUCUUCAGAGACAAAGUAGCCUUACCACCUCUUCUUCCUUCUCGAAACAUGACAGCAGAAUGGAGGACAAGAACCGCAGACUCACAGAUGAGAACAAAGAUGACAAAGCUGGCCCUUCUCCCCUUUCCAAAAAGGACGAGGAGAGUGAGGGGAAUGAAGAGGUCAAGGAAAAAGAACAAAAUAAUUGGAGUAAGCUCAAGGACAGAAAAGAUGUCAGGGAAAGUAGUAGCAGCAGCAGCAAAACCAAAGAAUUAAUAUCCAAGCUCACAGAGAAAAAAGAGGAUAGUAUAGACAAAAACAGAAAAGAAGACAGUCGGAAAAGUCAAUCUGGAGAAAGUAGAACAAAGGAGAUGAUCUCUAGGAUAUGGGAGAAAGAGGAGAAGGACAGGGAGAGGAUGGAAGAGAUUAGGAAGAUUAGGACUUCCAGGUUAGAGGAAAAGCAAAAUCAAGUUGUAGAAAACAAGACAGAGGGCAAUAUGUUGAAUGAAAAGAAGAAGGACGUGGAUGUUAAACAAGUAACAAAGUCAAAUGAAAGUGGGAAAGAGGGCCCCGAGCCGGAAAAGGCACAAAAGGGUGAGGAAAACAUGAAGAUGAAGGGAAGAGGGAAUGUUCAGGAACACAGUGAGAUCGCAAAUGAGGUUCAUGAAUCAGUCAAGGAGGAGAAGAUUGGAAACUGCGUAUCAGACACCAUUUCAAAAAGUAAGAACAAAGAGGAGGAAGAGGAAGACGAGUCAGCAAGCAUGUUUGAUGAAGAUUUGGAGAGAGUUCAUCGCAAUGAUCCGGAGAUGACUGACCUCAAUGUAAACAACUCUGAGGUAAUAAAAACCAAAACGCUAGUUCAGUUUGCAGAGGCCUUGAAAAACAACACACACAUCAAAACGUUUUCUUUGGCUAACUGCCGUGCCGAUGACCAUGUGGCUUAUGCUAUUGCCGAGACCUUACGCAAUAACAAAAGUAUCACAAGCAUCAAUAUGGACUCCAAUCUUCUUACCAGCAAAGGCAUCAUGGCUCUAAUCUACGCCCUCCAGCACAACUCCACACUCACUGAGCUACGCUUCCACAACCAGCGGCACAUCUGUGGAGGCAAGUCUGAGAUGGAAAUGACCAAAGUUUUGAAAGAGAACUCUACUCUUCUGAAACUGGGCUACCACUUUGAGCUAGCUGGCCCUCGUAUGACCAUGACCAAUAUUCUCAGUCGCAACAUGGACCGCCAGCGGCAAAAGCGGCUGCAGGAACAGAAGCAGGCUCAAGCCCAAGGCUCUGGAGACAAGAAAGAUUCAUUAGAAGUUCCGAAAACUGGCUUUGGUAAAGGUUCCCCCAGAGCCUCUCCCAAGCCAUCUCCAAUACCUUCACCCGCCCCGUCACCUGAGUUGACGCAUAAGAAAGGGGGCAGUGGACCUGGUGUUGGACCACCUCUCCUGCCACCACCUGGAGGUCCACCACCACCUCCACCUCCAAUGCUAGAUGGAGACUUCCUAAAAAACUCCCUGACACCUGUGUCACAGAGGAAGCUUAAAGAUGGGACUGGAGGAAGAGGUGGAACGCGAAACUCAAGGGACCAACUUCUUGCAUCCAUUCGGGGCAGCAAUGUCAAACAGCUCAAAAAGGUUGCAUUACCAAAGCUUUUGCAAUAAGCAGGCAUAGUGCAGAGAGAGAGAUUAACGUGGAUGAAGAAAAAGGAACAGGAAUGAAAGGACAGACAUCUCACAGACCUUAAGAAGACACUCUGAUCUUCCAUACAGAGUCUUCCUGCUGCCCUAUAGUAUGGAUGGGCCCUAUAGUAUGGACGGGCCCUAUAGACGGGCAAGGACUCGUAUAUGGUGUAGUAUGGAUAGUAUGGACUGUAGAAAUGAAUGGAAGCAUGGUGCCAUCAAGAUGGUCUGAGGCUUAAAUGGCUGGUGGAACUGCAGAGUUGAUUCCUUGCUUGUCAUUUGCACUAAAUGAAUAAUUUCAAAUUAUAGAUUUAUAAGUAUGUGUGUGUGUGUGUGUGUGUGUGUGUGUGUGUAUGUAUGUGUGUGUGGCACAGUCUGAAUUUUGAGAAGAUGUUUGUGUGGUUGUUUCUGCAGCUUAAUUGGAUCUUACAGCUGACUGCAUUGAACAAUGUGGGAAAAAACAAAUCACCUAGAUUUAAUUAUUUUAUUUUGGGUUUGGGAAUCUCUAUAUCAAAAGCUCUUACUGAUCAGGGAAUAAUAAUAAUAAUCAAGUUAAUAGCAAUCAAAUUAAUCACUGUAAAGUAUCAUUUUUACCACCCAUUUGUAAUUUAUCAACAUUAAAUGAAACAUUUUUAUUUUACCUGUGAAUAGGAAUGGAAGUAUUCUCUGCACCAAAAGUUUAAUGUACCUCACAUGCUUCGAAGACAAUUCAAUAUAUUUUCAUGCUUGUAUAAAUAUGAUCUCGUUUUUUUCAAGAGCACAGCUAGUGAACCUUUUAACAGACUGUUAUGCUCAAAGAAAAUAAGCAGUAUCAAGCUCAAAUUUUGUGAGUGACACUCCUCUUCAGGUUCCAGCUGGGAAAAUUGAAAAUUUAAUUUGUGUUGUUUAGAAAAUGUAAUUUGUGUUGUUAAGAAAAUUUAAUUUGUGUUUAAUGAAUCUGCCUGAUAAAGAUAUGAGUGGUCCAACAAAAAAGUGCCGGGGUCAUGUGAUUUUAUUUUAUUCUUGACCUCCAGAGUGCAAUGGGUCCAGAUCAGAACCAUUGAUAGAUUGAACAUUUCAGAGUAAUGAAUAGCUCUUUGCAUGAUAAAAACAGACUGUUACACAGAUCCCAAUAAAGGGCUGUAGCACGCUUCCAGAUAUACAAAGAGUUCCUUGGCUGGGGAAAAGUUAGUGAUCUAAUGCAUUGUUGCAAAUGCCAUGUAAUUCUGUUUAGCUCAUUUGGCCAUGAGAAUAAAGAGCUAUACAUAAAGACUCUGUAGGAAUGGUAUAGUGCACUUUUUACGCCGGUAAUCCCUGUGCAUUUGAUGGCCCUGUUUGGUACACACUGUAAAAUAAAUUUGACCUGGUCAAAGGUUACAGACAUACAAGAAUGUUCUAUAAUAUGUACUGUAUAAUCUUCUGAUAAGUGGCAGAUGUUUGUAUUGUAAAUGCAUAGAUUACUAGUAGGAAAUAAGUACCAUGCUGCACCAGAGCCAGUUGCUCAAAUGUCUGAGUCCGUUUGAAAUGGGCUUCUCCUUCAGAGUCUGAAAGUUGAUUGGAAUUAAAGGAUGUUUGUAGUUUGUUUAUAUUUUGAUUGCCCCUGCCCUGACUAACCCUCUGCACUCAUGAAAUUUCUAUAUUUGGUCAUUUCUCUAUGAAGGCUCAGUCUGAAUCUCAUUCUUUUCCCUUUCCUAAUAAUGGGAACACUGCCAACGGUCUGUCUGACUGAGAAUUGGCUCUAGCGGACACAUAAUGGAGGAGGGAAAGAGAAAAAGAGAGACUUUUAAUGUGUUUUAAGCUGGUUAUGUAGAUCUUAUGUGUACUAUCUCAUUAUUGAUCGGUAGAGGUGUAAAGUAGCUACUUGA